AUGGAGAUGAUGAUGAGGUCAGUGGGGAUGGAGAUGAUGAAGAUGGGGACAAGUGGGGGCAAUGGAGGUGGAGGUGAUGACGAUGGGGACAACGGGGAUGGAGAUGAUGGAGAUGAUGAGAAUGGAGAUGAUGAUGGGGAUGGAGAUGAUGAGGACAGUGAGGGCAGUGGAGGUGGAGGUGAUGAAGAUGAUGAGGACAACGGGGAUGGAAAUGAUGGAGAUGGGGACCAUGGGGGUGGAGGUGAUGAGGAUGACGGGGAGGGGAUGGAGAUGACGGAGGUUGAUGAGAAUGGAGGUGAUGAUGAGGACGAUGGGGAUGGAGGUGAUGAAGAUGGGGACCAUGGGGGUGGUGGAGGUGGAGGUGAUGAGGACGAUGGGGACAGUGGGGAUGGGCAUGGAGAUAACGAAGACGAUGAGGACGAUGAUGAGGACAGUGAUGAGGAUGGAGAUAACAAAGAUGACGAGGAUGAUGAUGGGGACAGUGGGGGUGGGGAUGGAGAUAACGAUGAUGAGGACGAUGAUGGGGAUGGCUGGGAUGGAGAUAACGAAGACAGUGAGGAUGAUGAUGGGGACAGCGGGGAUGGAGAUAACGGAGAUGACGAGGAUGAUGAUGGGGACAAUGAUGGGGAUGGAGAUAACGAAGACGAUGAGGAUGGUGAUGGGGACAGUGCAGAUGGAGAUAACGGAGACGAUGAGGACUGGGGAUGGAGAUAA